AUGGCGCCAGUACAGUUCGAAGUCGCGCCAGCGCCUGGCGACGCCGUCUCCGCCCUCAGCUUUGCGCCCGGCACCGAAUCCACGCGCCUGCUCGCCUCCUGCUGGGACAAGAACGUAUACCUCUACGACAUCCACAACGGAGAGGCGGGCGGCGAGGGCACGCUCGUCCAGACGUUCCCGCACCCGGGCCCCGUCCUCGAUGUCUGCUUCGGCAAGGACGACUCCGAGGCGUUCUCGGCCGGCCUCGACCACGCCGUGCGGCGCAUCGACCUCGCCACCGGCGCACUCCAGGUUCUGAGCCGCCACAGCCAGGGUGUCAGCUGCAUCGCCUACAGCGCCGACCACGGCCUUGUCAUCUCGGGCUCGUGGGACGCCACCCUCCACUUCCACGACGUCUCCGUCUCCGGCCGCCACGAACCCCUCGCCAUCCAGCUGCCCGGCAAGGUCCACGCCCUGUCCACGAGCCCUACCAAGGUCGUCGUCGCCAUGACCGCCCGCCUCGUCCACAUUUACGAUCUGCCCACCAUCGCCGCCCUGUUCGCCGCCGGCACCACCGACCCGGCCGCCGUCAAGCCCUGGCAGCAGCGCGAAUCCUCGCUCAAGUUUUUGACGCGCGCCGUCGCCUGCAUGCCCAACGACGCCGGCUAUGCCACGAGCAGCAUCGAGGGCCGCGUCGCCGUCGAGUGGUUCGAGGACAGCGCCGAGUCGCAGGCCCGCAAGUAUGCCUUCAAGUGCCACCGGCAGGCCGCGCCCGAGGACGAGGGCGGCGGCGACGUCGUGUUCCCCGUCAACGCGCUGGCGUUCCACCCGCGCUACGGCACGUUUGCGUCGGGCGGCGGCGACGGCACGGUCGCGCUGUGGGACGCCGAGGCCAAGCGGCGGAUGAAGCAGUACCAGAAGAUCCCCAACAGCGUGUGGGCGCUGUCCUUCUCGGGCAACGGGCGCUACCUCGCCAUGGGCGUGGCGCCCGGCUUCGAGACGGGCCAGGAGGACUACAGCGGCGCGGGCAAGACGCAGAUUAUUGUGCGCGAGCUGUCCGAGACGGAGGCCAAGGGCAAGGGCGGCAAGUGA